AAUCUUCUACCAUCGACCUGAGUAUAAGCUUUUGAGGGGGGAUGGGGAUGGACCGAUACAAAUUUAAAGAAAAAAACGCAUAGGAAGAGGAGAAAAUUAAAGGUGCCUCUAUAAUAAGAACACAAUGGAGAAACUCAGUGCCUCUAGAGGAGGAAUUCACAAUGGAAGGUGGGCUCUUUGUAGAGGCAUCAAGUCUAUAUUUAUCUUCACAAUUUUCCUAUUGGUUCUUUUGGAUUCUCUUAUGUUGUUGGUUCAUCGCCUUGUUUUGUCCACACAAGAAUCUUCUCAGGAAAAGAAAAGUUUUCAUCUGCACGAAAAAGAUGAAAUGGGCCCAAUUACGAUGAAUGAUCGACUCCUAGACCUGGCUGCCAAUUCUCUAGCACAGAAAGAUUUUAAGCAAGAUGAGAUGAAGCAAUUAUGGGAAGAGCCUUACUCUCAUGAAGCGUCCAAAUGGAAACCUUGUGCAUACAUACAAAGCCCAAAAGAUCUCGGGCCGCUGAAACACAACAAAUCCGGUUACAUAUUGGUGAGCGCAAAUGGAGGCUUAAAUCAACAAAGAGUUGCGGUGUGCAACGCGGUUGCCGUGGCAUCUUUACUUAACGCCACAUUGGUCAUACCCAAAUUUCUUUACAGCAAUGUUUGGAAAGACCGCAGCCAGUUUGAGGACAUAUAUCAAGAGGAGCAUUUCAUGCAAACACUCAAAGACGACAUAAAUAUCAUAAAAGAUCUUCCUCUCCACCUCAAACUACUUGACUUGGAAACAGCUAAAAGUGUAAUAACUGAUGCAGAUAUAUCCAAGGAAGCAAAAGCAGAAGAGUACUUGAGGACUGUACUGCCGCUGCUCCAACGCAAUGGAGUUGUUCAUUUCCUUGGAUUUGGAAAUAGGCUUGGUUUUCACUCACUGCCCCCCCAAUUGCAGAGACUGAGGUGCAAAUGUAACUUCCAUGCCCUAAAGUUUGUACAUAAGAUUCAAGAAACUGCAUCUCUACUGGUGACACGAAUAAGAAAACACACUGGCAGUAAGAGCAUGCUAGACAAGCAACUAUUGGGAGAAGUUAUAGCUAAUGAUCGCCCCGGGAUUGAGCUUAGAAAUACCAAGUACUUGGCUUUGCAUUUGAGGUUCGAAAUCGACAUGUUGGCUUACUCAAUGUGUGAAUUUGGUGGUGGUGAAAGUGAAACCAGGGCACUCAAAUCUUAUAGAGAAGCCCAUUUUCCUCUGCUUCUUGAAAGACUAAAGAAAUCAAGGGCCAUUUCUCCCAAGGAACUAAGAAGCAGGGGAAGAUGUCCAUUGACACCAGAAGAAGCAGCGCUUGUUCUUGCUAGCCUUGGUUUCAAGGGUGAAACUUACAUAUAUCUUGCUGGUUCAAAUAUUUACGGAGGCGAAUCUAGAAUGAAGCCUUUAACCAGCCUCUACCCCAAUCUAGUCACAAAAGAGAAUCUUCUAUCCCCUAGCGAACUAGCUCCUUUUCGAAACCAUUCUUCUCAGCUUGCAGCAUUGGAUUUCAUCGCAUGCGCAACUGCCGACGUAUUCGCCAUAACUGACUCAGGAAGCCAGUUUUCAUCUCUCGUUUCUGGGUUCAGAACAUACUACGGAAGCGGGCACGCUCCGACGUUGAGGCCAAGCAAGAAGAGACUAGCUGCCAUUUUGUUGGAAAACAAGACCAUUGACUGGAGCACCUUUACGGAACGAAUACGACGAAUGAUUGAUGAAGGCCAAACACUGGUUGGCCUUGCUCAAAGCAGCAGCA